ACACUGGUGAGCUCUCUUGAGACAAAAAUAGAGGAAACGGAAGAGAGGUUUCAAGAACAAGACCAAGUCAGAGAAGAGUCUAUGAAGAAAGCUACAGAGGCAGAGUCACAGCUAAAUCAACUAAAGAAUGCAUUUCUAAGCCUUCGAGAGAAGUUGGCUAGUGCAGAAGCAGAGAUCAUUAAUCUCCGACAACAUGCUGCGAGACCAAGACCUGAUCCUUUGCUUAACAUGCAUAAAAAAUCUAAUUUGAGUGUACCUGCAGACGAACAACAGUCACCACCCACACCUAUGGAAUUCGGACGGAGAUCUUUAAUUGAGAGACACCAAGAGAGUGUUGAAGCACUUAUAAACUGUGUUAACGAAAACAUUGGAUUUAGCGAUGGAAAACCAGUUGCUGCAAUAACGAUAUACAAAUGUCUUCUUCAUUGGAGAACUUUCGAGGCAGAAAAGACAAAUGUUUUUGAUCGGAUUAUUCAGAUUUUUGCUUCAGGAAUGCAGAAACAAGACAGCAACCCCGAUCUUGCAUACUGGCUAUCAAAUGCAUCAUCAUUGUUGAUUAUACUGCAAAAGAGUCUGAAACCUGCUGGCACUGUAACAACACCACUGAAAAGAACAACGACUCAGACGUCUUUCCUUGGGAGGAUG